UUUUUUUUUUCGAUUUCUUGCGCCAUGCACACAUUGCGACUUGCGACUCGCUUCAGUGGCGUUGCUUCAGGAGUCGUCCUUGGCCGGGCUUCCACUGGCUUGCUUGGCCAGAGCACACGCGCCGUGUCCCGCGCAGUCACGCCGAGCGCCGCUUACGCUGCUGCUGCUGCUGCUGCUGUUGCUACAACCGCUGCCGCUGCUUCUCCUUCUGCGGAAGACACAGCCGAGCCAUCCUCGUCCGCACCAGCGGCGGCCAGCGCGAGUGCCCGUGACAGUGCCCCAAAGCGGGCCCUCUACAUGGACAUGCAGGCGACGACGCCAAUGGACCCGCGCGUCCUCGACGCAAUGCUCCCAUACCUCACAUCGUACUAUGGCAAUCCGCACUCACGCACGCACGUCUACGGCUGGGAGACGGAGUCUGCCGUCGAGGCCGCUCGAUCGAGCGUCGCAAGCUUGAUUGGCGCGGACUCGAAGGAAAUCAUCUUCACCUCGGGCGCAACCGAGUCCAAUAACAUUGCCAUCAAGGGUAUUGCGCGGUUUCAAAAGUCCAAAAAGAAACACGUCAUCACGAGCCAGACCGAGCACAAGUGCGUGCUGGACUCGUGCCGCGUGCUGCAGGACGAAGGGUUUGACGUGACGUACCUCCGAGUGCAAAAGAACGGCUUGAUUGACCUCAAGGAGCUCGAGGCUGCCAUCCGGCCAGACACCGUCCUCGUGUCCAUCAUGGCGGUCAACAACGAAAUUGGCGUGAUUCAACCGCUCGCCGAAAUUGGCAAUCUGUGCCGCAGCCGCGGCGUGCUCUUCCACACGGACGCUGCCCAGGCCGCCGGCAAAAUCCAAUUGGAUGUGAAUGCCAUGAAGAUUGACGCCCUCUCGAUCAGCGGACACAAAAUCUACGGACCCAAGGGCAUCGGUGCGCUGUACAUUCGGAGAAAGCCCCGAGUUCGGCUCGAAGCCAUUCAAAGCGGCGGCGGCCAGGAGCGAAACAUGCGCAGCGGCACUGUUCCCGCCCCAUUGGUUGUCGGCCUUGGCGCUGCCUGCUCUAUUGCCAAAGAAGUGAUGCAGUACGAUCACAAGUGGGUAUCCUUCCUCUCGAAGCGUUUGAUUGACGGAGUGAACGCACACUUGCCCGACGUUGUCCGCAACGGCGAUGCUGCUGCCUCCUACCCGGGCUGCGUCAACUUGUCGUUUGCAUAUGUGGAGGGCGAAUCUCUGCUGAUGGCUCUCAAGAACAUUGCUCUGUCGUCUGGCUCGGCGUGCACAUCGGCAUCGCUCGAGCCGUCGUACGUUUUGCGCGCGAUUGGCGCCGACGAAGACUUGGCGCACUCGUCCAUUCGCUUUGGUCUGGGUCGGUUUACCACCCAGGCUGAAGUCGACUUUACUAUUCAGCAGUGCAUCGAGCAUGUCAACCGCCUUCGCGACAUGUCUCCGCUCUGGGAGAUGCGUCAAGAAGGAAUUGACAUCAAGUCGAUUCAAUGGUCGCAGCACUAGUUCCAGCGUUUACAUUUUCAAAUUACUUUCUUGUUUCAUCAUGUUGUAAGAGUUUGAUUCGUCGAUGGUAGGGGGAGGCGAUUGGAGGGAACUUGGACCGAGUUCAAUUGAACUCGUUCACGUUCUUCCCGUUUCGACAGUGGUGUCCGCUUCCAUCUGCC